CCGAGCCCCGACUCAUCCUCCGACCCUGGCCGUUCCCUCUCGUGAGACGCUUGCCCCCCACUGAUUCCCGGCUUCCCCUCGCUUCUCUGCCGCCGCGCACGGCGCACGCGCGCUCGCAUCGCCUGGUCGUCGGCCUCCACCUCCCCUCGUCGAUCGGCUUCGCGGCCAAGAGGAUCUCCAAAACUUUGCCAGUGGCAGCAGCCUUUUACAUUUGGUGUACCUGAGAUCUUUGCAUUCAAAGACAUUUGAUUUGUGCCUCAUGAGCUCACAAGUCUCCACAUCACGGGGGUUGCAUCCCCCAGGCAAGCUUGGGACAUUCGAGUCCCCUCAUGUCUGGCCGCUGUCGGCACCUCCAGGCCAUCCCGAAGCAGGUCGUGGUGAUGACCAGGAUGUCAGGCUGUUGUCGGUUGCUUGGAAUCAGGAUUGCGGAUGCUUUGCUGCUGGUACUAGCAAUGGGUUCAGGAUCUUCAACUGCGAGCCUUUCAAGGAAACUUUCAGGAGGGAUCUUAAGAGUGGUGGGUUUGGGAUUGUCGAGAUGCUGUUUCGUUGCAACAUACUUGCUCUUGUAGGUGGGGGCUCCAAUGUGCAGUAUCCGCCAAACAAGGUGAUGAUCUGGGAUGAUCACCAGAGCCGUUGCAUUGGAGAGUUUGCCUUCCGUUCUGAUGUCCGGGCUGUAAAAUUGGCAAAGGACUACAUCGUUAUUGUCCUCGAGAGGAAGAUAUAUGUCUACAACUUCACCGAUUUGAAGCUGCUGUACCAAAUUGACACCCUGUCAAAUCCCAAAGGACUUUGCUGCCUCUCCCAUCAUUCCAAUACUUCAGUGUUGGCAUGCCCUGGGGUGCACCAGGGGCAUGUUCGGGUGGAGCAUUUUGGGCUGAAGAUGACGAAGACAAUCCCGGCUCAUGAUUCACACAUCUCUUGCAUGGCACUGACAAUGGAUGGGCUCCUACUGGCAACCGCAAGCACGAAGGGCACUUUGAUCAGAAUAUUCAACACAAUGGAUGGCACUCGCCUACAAGAGGUACGCAGAGGACUUGACAAAGCAGAAAUAUAUAGCAUUGCACUGUCGCCCAAUGUGCAGUGGUUGGCAGUGUCCAGUGACAAAGGAACUGUUCACAUUUUCUCUCUAAGAGUCAGAGUUGCUGGGGAGGAUGCAAGCAAUGAGCAACGCACUCUUGAAGGUCCAUGGAUGGACCACCAGAACUCUUCCAGUUCUAUUGAUCCUCUUGUUCAGACGAACACUGGGUCCAAUGCGAGUUCAUCACUGUCUUUCAUGAGAGGGAUCUUGCCUAAGUAUUUCAGUUCAGAAUGGUCAUUUGCUCAGUUCCAUUUACCAGAAGUCACACGCUACAUAGUAGCCUUUGGUGCACAGAACACUGUAAUGAUGGUUGGCCUGGAUGGCAGCUUCUACAGGUGCAGCUUUGACCAAGUGAAUGGAGGGCAGAUGUUGCAGAAGGAAUAUUUCCGGUUUUUGAAGUCUGACACCCCACCUUUCAGGACGUCAUCCACCUGACCUGGACAAUGAUCACGUCACCCCUGUAAAUAUCGAAGGUUAUGCUCGGUCCAUUGUACAUAUCAUCUUCUUGCCGGCAAAGUUAUAGGCAGCCGGAAUAAGGAGAGCUGGCUGUUGGAUCGCAAUACUUCCUCUCCCAUCGUUCUGAUUUCUGAAGCAGCUGGCCCCGACAAAAUUGCAAGCAUUAUUGGCCGUUUCUCAUCUUUGCGCAAACCAGAACACCCAUUGGUAUAUAACAUGAAUGUUCAAGAACAAAUUUGACUGUGACCUUAUGCAUGUGCAAGGCUGUAACAAAUCAGACUUGUUCUUGCCUGUGGCUUAUUUAUCUGACUGAUAUAUUGGUGUACAAAUCACUUUGGAUUCCGCAUCCUGCACGCCGUGACAUUGCUUUGAUGCCUUGCUGGUCGGUCGCUAGGCUUUCUUUUGACCUUGCUUAAGAGCUGAACAUGAUUUGGAUCUGAUAAGUUCCUGAUCGCAUGAAUGGUCUAUCUUCUA